AUGGCAACAAUAAAUUCAAAACAUUCCUCAGGAUCGUUCACUCAUAAAUCAUUAUCGAAUUCAAGUUUAGGUGAUGGUCAAAUACUUUACUGUCUUUGUCGAUCAAGUGAUUGUUCAACAUUUAUGAUUGCAUGUGAUGCAUGUAAUAUAUGGUAUCAUGGCUCGUGCAUUGGUGUUAGUGAAAAAGAAUCAGCAAAAAUUGAAAAUUUUUUUUGCCAUCGAUGCCGUCAUAAAACACCUAGUUUGCAAAUCAAAUACAAUAAAGCGCAAAAAGAAAUCGAAGAAAAAUUAAGCAAAUGUAUUAGAAAACGAUUACAGAAAGAAGCACAGCUAUUGAAUCCUUCAUCUGACACUGCACAAAAACAAAAUGAAUUCUCAACUAAUGAUAAAAAAAAUAGAGAACAUUCAACAAGCAUGGAUCAAUAUACUAAUGAUGAUUCAACUAGUAAUCAAUCAGACUCAUCAUCAUCAUCCACCACUGUCAUGUCUCGACAGCAACAAGUAAUUCACGGAAAUACGGCUGGAGUAGCGCGACCAAGUGGCAUUCAGUCGGUACAAUACGAAGCUUUAAUGUCGCGUGAUGAACAAGAACAAACAACUAAAACUUCUGUCAUUACAACAAAACGUGCUUUAAUAACAAAAAAUAUUGGAACUACUGAAAAACGAAAGAGACAUGUUAGCGGUAGUGCUGGUCUACCUCCUAUCAAACGAGAACUACAACCAGAAUUAAAUGAUGAAGAAGAUACAAAAAAUCUGAAUGCACGACGUCGCCGUCGUAACACUGAAAAAGCAGUUCGUCAAUGUUAUGGACCAAGUUGUCUCUUCGAAGCACGUCCUGCAUCAAAAUAUUGCUCAGAUAAAUGUGGUUUAGAGUUAGCUCGAAAUCGUCUUCUUCAAUUUCUUCCAAUGCGUCUAAUGCAAUGGCAAACAAUUCCAUCCGUCGCUGAUACUUUCAAUAAAAAAGCCAUUGAAGAGAUUAGAAAUGAAAUUGAAGAUAUAAAACAACGUUUAUCAGUACUUGAUGAACGACAGCGAAAAUUAAGUGAUAUUAUUGAAAGAGGAAAAAAAUUAAUAGCUACUAACGAUACUAAUAAAAUCGAUACAACAAAUGAUGAACCUGAUGGAAUGUGUUUCUGUAUAUUAUGUAAUCAAGAAAUAAGUCAAAAAACUUAUACACGUCAUAUUGAUAAAUGUUUUAUUCGAUUUGAAAGUCAAGUAUCCUAUGGAUCAAAUAUUAAAUCGAAUAUUGAAGGUUUAUUUUGUGAUAAUUACGAUCGUACAAACAAUCUUUAUUGCAAACGACUUAAAGUUAUUUGCCCAGAACACUCAAGAGAUCCAAAAAUUGGUCCAGAUGAAGCAUGUGGUUGUCCAUUAGAAAAAGAUUUAUUUGAAGUAUCAGAUGAACUAUGUACAGUACCAAAACGCUUAUGUUCAAAACAUUUUAAAUGGGAUCGAAAAUAUCGUGCACAAAUUGAUCUCGAGCGACUGCAUGAAUUAAUGCGUUAUGAAGAACUUAUUGAGAAAGAAAACCGUUUGCGAACAGCUAUGAAUGAACGUGGUUCGGUAGCAGGACUUCUUUUACAUAAAACAACAGCUCAUUAA